CCCGCUGGCACCUCGCGGACGCAAGCCGCAAGCCGCCAACGCAUCCGACCAGCGCCAUGUUCCCGCUGCUGGUGGCCGUGCUGCUCGCCGCGCCGCGAUCCUCGCGCUCGCAGGACCCCUCCGCACUGCUUCGGCACCGCCCCGGGCCGACGGCAUCCUGGCCCGCGCAGCAGGCCGAGUGGGACCCGGGGCCUGGGGGCCGACAGGAGGACGACGCCGUCGACCGGGCGUGGACGGCCACCCCUGUGGACAGCGCGGCAGAGUCGGGCGGGCGGGAGGCAGGCCGUCAGCUGGACGAGACAGCAGACCGUGAUCCUGGCACGGAAACAUCUGAGGACGACGACGUCGGUGAAAAGGGAGAGGGGCAGGCAGUCCAGGAUGACGACGACGAUGACGACGGGCAGCAGCCGGGGGAGCAGCGGGCUCUGGACAUACCGCUGACCGCGGGGGACUCGGAGGCGACGGCGUCCGAGAUGCUACCGGUGCCGGCGCCGCUGUCCAUGGGCGGGCGCGGGCCCCCCAUGACGCUGAGCCUCGAGGACAUGGACUACCUCACGAUCCUGAGGCCACCGCAGCCGCCCAGGAGGGCUGGCGGCGCCAAGCACAACAAGCGCAAGUCCAACAACAACAGCAACAAGAACACCAAGGCCGGCGUCAAGCACGCCACCAAGACCAAGCCGGGCGGCGGCAAGGGGCGGCCCAAGGCGCCGCCCCAGCAGCCGCCCGCCGCGUCCACGUCGUACGGGCCGCCGCCGCCGCCCCCGGCCGCGCCCCCUCCCGACUCGUACGCCGGCUUCCUGGGCUACGACGCCCCGCCGCCGUACGGCUACGGCUUCGGCCCGUACCCGCGGUACCCGGAUCCCGUCAUGACCCUCGAGUACCAGCAGGCUACGUCGUACCCCGAGGAGGAGCGCUUCAGGCCGCUGCCGCCGCUCAAGGGCCCCGCCCCGAUGGCGCCCGCCCCCAUGACCUCGCCGGCGGCCCCGGCCCCCCCGGUGGCCGGCACCUCGCCGUCGUUGUUGUCGACGUCGCCGCUGGCCCCCACGGGCGCGCCCACCACGUACCCGUACAUGGCCUACCACCACCGGGACUACACGUCCGCCAGCUCCGGCACGGGCGCGGGCGCGCCCCAGGACCAGAAGGCCGCUGGCGCGGUGCAGGUGUCGCAGAGCGUGUCGGCCGGCGAGCACCACUCCACGUACGGCGGCUGGCCCAGCAGCGCCCCGGGGGCGCCCUCCUCCUCCUCGGCGGCGACCAGCAGCAGCGCCUCCGCGGCGGCCGCGGCCCUCGGCACUGGCCUCGCGCCCGCCGACGCGGCCGCCGCCCGGAAGGCCACGCUCAAGGACAUCCUCGCCCAGGACUGCCCCGGCGCCGAGGAGCUGGGCUACUGCGACUCACCACCGCGGUACCCCAUGCAGCAGGUGUCCGAGGCCAUCGAGCGGUGCUCCGAGCUGCUGGACCACAUGUACGCACCGCCGCCCGAGGAUCGCGAGGCCGAGGGCGAUACGGAGGGCGAGGGGGCGUGCCAGUCGGUGCGGCGCUCGCUGCGGCCGGGCUACGUCCGCGACGUGUCCUCGGGGCGCUGGCUGGUGGCGCUGCAGGCGCGCGGCCGCGUCGUCCAGAAGGUGUCGGUGGAGCGGUGCUCGGCGCCGGGGCGGGCGUGCGCGCGCCUCGCCGACUCCAAGUGCGCCCGCAACCUGGGCUUCCGCAACGGCGCCCGCGCCACGGCCUGCGACCAGCGCACCGCCCUGGUGCCCGUGCUCACCUGGGACCCCGAGGCGCCGGCCGCCUGCCCGCGACUCAAGAUGGCCCGCUUCCCCGUCGCCUGCGUCUGCCGGAUGCUCCAGUGACCGGCGGCGCCGCGCGUCAAGAGAAACUCUGGUCUUGUUUAUUUAUUUUUAUUAUAUUUUAUUUUGUUAAGCUGUUUAAUAAUUGUGUAGAUUUUGA